AUGGCUCACUUGUUUCUUCGCCUGGCUACCACUGCCGCCAUGGCACUCUCGCUCACUGCUCCUGUCCGUUCCACAAGCCAGUAUGUUCUGGACAAGCAGUAUGACCACACCAACUUCUUUGACGAGUUUGAUUUCAUCAACUCGGACGAUCCGAGCAACGGCUACGUCGACUACCAAAGCCAGUCGGAAGCGCUGACCAGUGGCCUUGCUAAAAUCACAUCCGACAACACUAUCAUACUUGCGGCAGACUCUUCCCUUGUGCCAGACGACAGUGCUCGGGGCCGGAAGUCGGUCAGAGUUGAGGGCUCGUACAGCUUCACUCACGGCCUCAUCGUUGCCGACUUUGCGCACUUGCCUGCAUUAAAAUGUGGCCUUUGGCCAGCCUUCUGGAUGUAUGGCGAGCCCUGGCCAACUCGGGGUGAACUGGACGUGUACGAGGUCUACAACCUCGAACAGACCAACGUCAUCUCGCUACACACCGACCACGCCGGAACAGUAGGGACUUGCGACCUGGGAUGUGGGGUGGCGGAGGACGACGACCCCGAGAACCCGUUCAGCGUCAGCGGUGACAAUGAUGGCGGCAUCUAUGCGGCCGAGUGGACUGAGGAGUACAUCAAGGUGUGGAGCUGGAAGCACGGCGAUGAGCCGGCCGAUCUCAAGACUGACCACCCCAACCCAUCAACCUGGGGCACACCUCGGUCGUACGUGGGGACGCCCAACUGUGACAUGAACAACGUCAUUUCCGAGCAGCACCUAGUUCUCAAUCUUGACUUCUGUGGCGAUGGCGCUGGCAACAAUUUUGAGGCCUGUUCGGCUCUGAAUCCUGAUUAUGCCGCAACGCCGGCUGGAUGCGCCAGCUAUGUGCAGAGCCACCCAUCGCAGUUUGUCGAUGCUUACUUUGAGGUCUCUUCCAUCAAGAUCUACGGGGAGAAGACUAUAGUGUCUGCGGCCACCACGUCGUCGAACUUUUCCACCGCUUCCCUGAACACCACCACGGCGAGCACUUCAGGCCUCAAGGCGACCUCCACUAAUGCGACCUCUCUAAACUCGACCUUGUCAGCCACACUGAGCUCUACCACAGCAAAGACCACACCGAGCUACGCCAUGACGAACUCUACUGCGGCCCUCACGGCAGGUGCUGUUGCGGCCGUUUCUGUGGACCCCUCGAGUGCUGUCAGCGCCGACGAAAUUACAAUGUACUCCACCGUUGUUUCCACCAUCUACUCUUGUGCUCCGACCAUCACGGACUGCCCAUAUGGCAAGGUGACGACUAUGGUAGUCGCUGUGGCGCCGUCAUCGACCAGUUCGGUUGCUACCAGCUACAGCACAAGCAUUUUUUACUCUACGGCCGUGUCGACGAUCUACAGCUGUGCACCAACCAUCACAGAUUGUCCGUACGGAAAGGUGACGACUAUGGUCUAUGCCGUGACCACGACGGUGUGCCCAGUGACAGAAACUCUGGGUGCGAGCAUCCCGAGCAUCACAAGCGUUGCCAGCCCCGCGGUGACUACCCAAAAGGCUGCCACUACUAUUGAGUGCUCCGAUGCAUCGAUCGUUACCGAGAUCGAGACCAGGACCAAGCCGGAAACAUCAGCUGGGUCUAGGGUUGUGAUCGCUGUCGUGACUGCUGUCGUCGUGCCCGCCUCGUCUUCACCUGUCUCGACCGCUGCCCUUUACGCCUUUACUAACUCAACCAAUGCUUAUGCCUCUGCCUCUGCCUCUGCUUCUGGAGCAGUUUUCGUCUACGGGACUGGCUCUGGUCCUGCUUCUACAGUCGUCUUAGCCCCUGUCGUCGACCAUGCCAUCAGCUCUGCCAAUGUUUUCAGUUCUAUACCCAUUGCUACUAGUGGCUAUGUAGCUCCUUCGACCCCUUCAACCACUUCGAUCACGACAGCCGUUGUUACUGCAGGCGCCGCGUCGUCGGGUGCCACACGCACACCACACAGCAUGCUCUUUUUGCGAAGAGCAGGCGCGCAUGUGAGCGCAUUAUCGAGAAGUACUAGGGCCAUGUAUUUUCGGACUUCUGGGCUCGCUACCGGCCUGUCGCGAGCCGAUCUGUUCCAGAAGUCUUCCGGGGCACUUCGGCCACAGCUCGAGGCGCCGGCUGCUCUGGCCAGACGACGGCCGUUUGUCAGCGCAUCACCAAGAGGGUACAACUACGAGCCCAACGACCAACGGCAGGGACGGCGGCAGGUAUACAAGGCGGUACCGGUGAUGCCGCAAGAGAUGCCGCCACGGUCCAGCUUCAACAGCAACGGCCAGGGAUAUUCCGGGGGCUCGCCUCCACGACGGCGGUCAUUUUUGUGGCGGACAAUUCACAGCACGAGCAUGCGGGCGGUGAUGGUGGUGGCCAUGGUGGGCGCGCUGGGGGUGUACUUUACGCACCUGGAGGUGGUGCCAGUGUCGGGACGGCGACGGUUCAACUGCUUCGGCGAGGACUCGAUGCGGCUGUUGGGCGAGAUCCAGUACGAGGCGCUGAUGGAGGAGGCGCGCGAGCAGGGCCAGCGCUUCUUGCCAGACUAUGACCCGCGCGCCGUCGUUGUGCGGCACGUCAUGCGGCGGUUGAUCCCCGUCAGCGGCAUGUCGGACGGCGAGGGCGAAUGGGAGAUCCGCGUGAUCGACGAUGCCCGGAUGGCCAACGCCUUUGUCCUGCCGGGCGGCAAGGUCUUUGUCUUUAGCGGCAUCUUUGCCAUUGCGCGCUCCGAGGACGCGCUGGCGGCCGUGCUCGGCCACGAACUCGCCCACAACCUGGCCAAUCACCACGGCGAGCGGGCGUCUUCGGCCAUCGGCACGACUAUCCUGCUGACCAGCGCCUUUCUGCUCACUGCUGGCUUGGCCUACUUUGUCCUCCGUCCGGUCGUCGACCUGGUCUUUAACUCGCCCAUGAGCCGGCUGCAGGAGAGCGAGGCCGACUACAUCGGACUCAUGCUCAUGGCUGAGGCCUGCUAUGAUCCGGCCCAGGCGGCCGACUUCUGGCGCCGCAUGGACUUGGCCCAGAAGACGGACACGCCCGAGUGGACUAGCACCCACCCUUCAAACCAACACCGACUCCAAAAAAUACAAGAGUGGCUGCCAGAAGCCUUGGAAAAGAGAAGCCAGAGUGCCUGCGACGGUACUCAGGGCUUCGCCGAGAAGUUUAAGCGGGCCAUGCGGCAAGGCGUCAUACUUGUGGCUUAA